ACAGUUGGUCAGUUUCGUCUUUCCGAAUUCCAAGUAUCUGCAAUCUCUGCAGAAUUUUAGGCAAGGAUAUGAUGUCUAAAGUUGUACGCUUGUUGUGUGCGAAACGAAGGGUCUCUAGAAUUUGCAAAGAGGAGACGUUAAUGAAGAAAAGGAAAAGAAAGGGCGCAAGACAGAGAAAGGUAAACACUAAAAAGGGAAAGAGAAUGGAGAUCACCAACACAGAUGGAAGAGCAGCUGAUGAUGCGGACAGGAUCUCUGAGUUGCCUGAACACAUUUUACAUCACAUCCUUUGUCUUCUCCGCUGGCCAAAGGAUAUUGUGAGAACUAGCAUCCUGUCCAAGAAGUGGAAAGUCAUUUGGGAAUCUUUGACUUCCGUUGAUUUUGAUCAGAGGCGCUUCCAAAAUCAUAAGGUUGGAGCUUCAAAUGAUCUCCAAUCUCCACCAGUGGAGGAACAGAGCGCAAGUUUCAAGCAGGUGUUUAAGGAAUCCCUGAAAGCUGGAUAUGUAGAUCUGCGAUUAAUGAAGUUCAUUCUGUUUGUUGAGAACACCUUAGCAACCAGAAUUGAACCAUUGCCAAGUAUACAAAAGUUCAGGCUGCAUGUCUCCUCUUUUGUUGCUGAUCUUAUGACUCCCUAUAUGAAUAACUGGAUUAGUGUUGCUACUGACAAGAAUGUUAAAGAGCUUGAUAUCCAUGUGAAGAAGGCUGAUGAUGUGUAUGAGAAUGUGGUUAGCCAAUGUUAUGUACUGCCUCAGGUGGUCUUUGCUUCCAGGACAAUAACUUCAUUGAAACUCCACGGAUGUGGAAUGGAUGUUUCUGCUGUCAUAAAGCUCCAAAACCUGCAGGAGCUAUCCAUGAAAGCUAUGCGUAUCAAUGAGAAUGUAGUCCAUAAGUUUGUCCAAGGCUGCCCUUUGAUCGAAGAUAUGCGACUGAUCAAGUGCCAUCUUUUGAAAUUCUUGCAUGUCUCAACUCUGCCUAAACUAAAAAGGUUGGAAGUACAUGAGGGCUCCAACCUCAGGUCGGUCAAACUAGAGGCACCCAAUCUUGAGACAUUUUGGUUCCACGGAAAGAAAUCUUCAAGGUGCAAAUUAAUCUUAGCAGGGUGCGGAAAUCUUAAGAAUUUGAUGUUGAGGCAUACACACAUGUCGGAUAAGUCAUUUCAGGAACGUAUCGCCGAAUUCCCAUUACUUGAAAACUUGUUCCUGUUAGAGUGCCAUGCAUUGCGGAGGAUGACAAUAUUGAGUGACAAGCUGAAGAAGCUUUCAGUAGUAAGGUGCAGCAAACUAAAGGAAGCCAACAUUGAUGCACCAAAUCUACUUUCAUUUGAAUAUACUGGUAUUGAGCUGCCUUUUUCUUCCAUGAAUGCUUCACAGUUGCAAGAAGUGAAGCUUCACUUGAAAUCCCAAAAACAGAAGUUUCACCCUCUUGAAGUUCAGAAAUUCGUUCAAGGGUUCGAAGCUAAAGGUUUCAAGUUGUUUCUUGCCUCUAAACAGGAUGUGAUUAUCUAUGAGGAAAUGAGAGGAAUCCAUCUUCUUCCCUCUAGAGACUUCAAGAUAGAAUUGACUAAAUCAUCAAGAGUACUGAAAAAUCUUCUCAGCAGUCACUUGCGUCAGUUUCACCCAAAAACUCUUAUUUUAAUGACAUCUCCCAGCAGUGACCUUCUCGCGUUCAAAAAGGAGAUCAUGAUGAACAAAGAGAAGACUCCUAGCUGUUGUAAAUAUUACUCAAAGAAAUGCUGGCGACAUUAUUUAGAAGACAUUAGAAUGUUUGAGUUUUCUCCGUCUAAUAUAAAUCCCAAUACGAGUUUUGAACUAAAGUGGAGAUCGUCACCCUUGCCGCUGCCGGAAGAUACAGACAUAACAGAAAUGGACGAGUCAAUGGUGCAUAGGGAUACAGAGCUAACUGAUGUCGAUGAGUAAUAAAUAGGACCGAGAUGUUAACUCUACUUAUUUAUGGCGCACAGUUAGUUAUAUGACCAUAUUGUCAUCUUAAAUUUUCUUUUUCUUCUUUAGAUAAUUUUACAGUUAGACAAACAUUUGAGUUUUGGUUCAAGAUAUUUAUAUUUUACGGAAGCAAGUUGAAUUUGGUUCCCUCCCCCUGUUCGUCCCAGUUGACUUAAGGACAAAAUUAAGAACGUUCUUU